AAGAGUACCUACACAUCUUCUCAGAUUGUGAAACUGGCUACGCUGCUCUAGCUUAACUCUAGUUAAAAGCUCUCUAUUUAAUCAACAGCAAGCAAAGCAGUGGAAAGUGGUUCCAUGGAGUCAAACAGUACAAUCUUCUUUGUGAAUACUCUGUUUGCGUCUACUUAUGGGUUGACGGUGGCAGUUGGAUUACCCCUAAACAGCUUUUCGCUAUGGGUGUUCUGCAAAAGAUUGAAACGACAAACUGCUCCUGUAAUCUAUUUGACUAAUCUGGCAAUAUCAGAUCUGCUCUUCAUUCUGUCAUUACCUUUCAGAAUACAUUACUUUAUAACCACUCAAUGGCUUUUUGGAAAUUUUAUUUGCACUCUAUCUGAAACAAUAUUUUCAGUGAAUUUUUAUACAAGUACUUUAUUUAUUACAUUAAUAAGCAUUGAUCGCUAUCUAGCUAUAGUUCAUCCUUUCCAGUCAAAUUUUCUUAGAAGUCCGAAAGUGGCCAGUGCUGCCUGUGCCGUGGUUUGGUUUAUUAUCAUUUUGAUGAGCUUUCCAAUUGCUUUUCAAUAUCAUCAAAAGGAUCAAAUAAACAGUACAAUAUGUUAUGAAGGAUAUCCAGCUGAAACUUGGAAAUCUGCUGUUAAACUCAUAUUACUGAUAACAAUGCUUGUAUUUGCGAUGCCUUUUGUAAUAAUUAUCAUUUGCUUCUUUGCUGUUGUCAGAGUUAUGUUCCGAAUCAGAAAAGAAGAUCAGACAUUUAAAAGAUACAAAAUUGUACCAUUGUUUCUACUAAACAUCGGGGUCUUCACUGUGUGCUUUUUACCUUUUAAUGUUACUUUGGUAUUGUAUGGACUGUAU